AUGUUAUGCCCAAAAUAUAAUUUAAAACCACCGCGACACUAUAUAUCCAUAGAUAGGAGAAAUUUUACAAAAGCAGACAUACCUGCAGUGAUUGACACUCAUUAUUUCAAUCAUUCGGUAUCUGUGAUACUUCCUGACACCGUCACUGUUCCUGACACUUUACGGAACUGUCUGUCAGAGGACACGGAUUAUUAUCGUAUAAGUGCGUUGCGUGUCUGCGAUCUGAUAAAUGGAGAAUUUAUUGAAGCUUUUGUUAAGAAAGGAGAAGUCAGCCUUCUGACAAUAGAAAAUAAAAUAGAUUUGCAAAAUUCUAUUUGUAUAACUCCAACUGGAUACUUGUUAAUUUCUUUGGUAACUGAAGAUUAUCAAGCACUUGGUUUAGAAGGAAGAGCAUCUUCUUUUGAUCAUAAGCCUUAUACACGUUAUGUGGUAAAAAUUAAUCUGAAAGAUGAACAUUUUGUUCCUGGUAAGAAGAACUACGAAAGAACUCGAAUAGCAUUAGAACAACGACUCAAACAGAGUUUUGAAGUUAUAGUAUCAUGGGAUCCACCAAGAACUGAGCUGUGCCCAUCAUCGAUAGCAAAAUGGUUCCACAUACGUAGUUAUGAUGUUUAUCUCUGUCAUGAAACAUUUUUUCAAAAGACUAAAUAUUCAUUAACAAUACCCACUCUUCAAGAAGAAUGUAAUUUGGAUAAAUUUUUUGAAUGGCUUGGAAUCUUUAGCAUCGGUGGUGAUCUCUCUAAUGGAGAAAUGGAUAACUAUGUAAAUGCAUAUGAGUGUCCUUCACCUUCGAUAGAAAUUGGACAAGUGCAGCAUUUACAAUGGACUGGAUUUUUUACAAGAAAAAAGAUGCAUGAGAUGUAUAUUGCACUGAAAGAAUAUACGUUAUCACGAAAGACUUUACCAUGGGUUAGUUUAGAUGUACAAGGAUUUGCAGACAGUCCUACCAGUUGGGAUUUGAAAGAACAUGCGUUUUUCACUGAUGGAGACAAUAGUUAUACUAUCAUAUUUCGACCUUCAGGUGAAUCCAUUAUACGAAAAAGUCUCAGCUCUAAUAAUAAACCCAGAAUGUGUCAAUAAAGUUUAAAUGUUAAGUUUAAGAAUAAUUUGUAUUUGAUAAUUUAAAUAAAAGAAGAGAGACUAUUGUGUGGAUUAAAA